AUGUUGCGUUUUUUUCUGAAUUUCCUCCGUUGUCUCCUUAACUUCUUGGAUUACGUAGGCUUCGAUGUCGGCGGUAGUUUUAGUGGCUUCAGCUUGGAUGACGUCGGUGUAAAAGUUUUUAGCUGCUUGAAGAAGCGUCGUCAAUGUAGUAUUUUGAAGAUGCGCAAGGCGGCCUUUGAUUUCGGUGAGGCCAUUUUUUGCGGUACGCCAGGUGCCUUCACCAUUACCAAGUCCCUUUCGCAGCUCUAUCAGAAGCGUCUUCACGCCUUUGUUGUCAGAUUCACGGAAUCCUCCCGUAUUAUUCGCAUUAAACAUGCUAGUGAUUUCUGCUAG